AUGGGAAUUUGCGGAGGGAAAGAUAGCAAAAAUUAUACAAGAGGAACAAAUGAGGGCUUUUACGAAAUAAGUCAAAUACCUGGAUAGUCAGAAUAGUAUGAGGUUUAUGUCUCAGUUGACAAAUUAAAUAAUACAGAUGCUGUACUCACAGAUUCAAAAAGAAAAAGUAAGGAACUUAUUCAUCUUCAGGUGGUCUUGCUUAAAAAAAUACUAUUAUGAUCUCCAAAAAAUAAAAUUACAAUGGCAAUCCGCUGGAGCACCAUCUAGCUGUAUGAAAUUUAUAUAUCUAGUGCCUUAAAAGUGACUAAGAUGGAAACUAUUAUGAUUUAUAAAUAGGAGUUCCUGUUAGAUCAACAAACAAGUUUAGCAUUGAGAUUAAAGGUUCAUGUUAAAAAUUAUAUAAAAAAUGA